UAAGUCAAACAAAAGUCCUAACAAAUGCCAGUCAGUAGGACUAGCGUUUGAGUGAUUCUACAACUGACCGCUCGGUGUCUCUGUUUUUCCAAUUCUGUUUUUGGGCUAUAUUAGAGGAGGGAGGCGAUGAGACGCUGAUAAAUUCUCUAGAGAGAGAGUGAAAGAAAGGAUCCCUCUCUCUCCACCGCCAGAACCUUGAGCGCAAACACAAAGAGGAAGAGAAAGACACUCUAUUUCCAACCAUUACACCCUAUUACUAAAUGGACACGGACAUCUGGCUUUACAAUUAGACGUGGCUUCUGUUAUUUUGUGGUUAUUUGGCGGGAAAUCGUGAACAUUUCGUCGCUGUCCCAUUCAUCAACCUGCUCGCGAUAGACAAGCACUGCGGAAAGGUAUCGAUCCCUUCUUCCUCCGGUCUUUGGGGCGAGUCAUGGCGAAAGAGCACGAGCGGAACAGCUGCCUUCUGCGCGAUUUACGGCAGCGUGCCGGUAAUGACAUCUGCGCGGACUGCGGUGCUGCAGAGCCAGAUUGGGUGUCUGUAAAUCUGGGUGUGUUUGUGUGUCAGGGAUGCUCUCUCAUCCACAGAGGUAUCCCCUGCCUCAGCCAGGUGAAGUCUGUACAGCAGGACACAUUUGAGGAUAAAGAAACAGAGUUUAUCACCUCAAUGGGGAACGAAGCAGCAAAGGCAAAGUAUGAACAACAAGUUCCACCGUUUUAUUACCGGCCCUCCCACACAGACUGCAGAAUUUUGAGGGAACAAUGGAUCAGAGCCAAAUAUGAGAGACAAGAGUUUAUACUCAUCGAGAAACAAGAGCCUUAUUCAGCAGGGUACAGAGAGGGGCUUCUAUGGAAACGUGGUCGAGACAAUGGGCAAUUCCUGAGUCGAAAGUUCAUUCUGUCAGAAAGGGAUGGAGCACUCAAGUACUUCAACAAGCAGGAUGCGAGAGAACCAAAGGCCAUAAUGAGGAUUGAAACCCUAAAUGCUACUUUCCAGCCAGCUAAAAUAGGCAACCCCUGUGGACUGCAGAUCACCUAUCUCAGAGACAACAGUACCAGGAAUAUCUUCGUGUACCAUGAAGACAGUAAGGAAAUGGUGGACUGGUUUACUGCAGUCCGAGCAGCACGGUUUCAUUACCAAAAGGUGGCAUUUCCUGGAGCUAAUGAUGAGGACCUGGUACCAAAACUUACACGUAACUUCAUGAAGGAAGGUUACAUGGAGAAAACUGGCCCAAGGCACACAGAAGGCUUUAAGAAAAGGUGGUUUACUAUGGACGAUAGGAGACUAAUGUACUUUAAAGAUCCCUUGGAUGCUUAUGCACGUGGAGAGGUGUUCAUCGGCAGCAAGGAAAACAGCUAUACAGUUGUACCUGGACUGCCACCCUCUACUCAAGGCUACCAUUGGAAGUAUGGCAUCACCAUUGAAACGCCUGAUAGGAAGUUCCUGUUUGCUUGUGAAACAGAGGCAGAGCAAAAGGACUGGAUUUCUGCCUUUCAGAGAGUCGUCAACCGGCCCAUGAUGCCACAGGAGUAUGCAGUUGAGGCUCAUUUCAAGCACAAGCCUUGAUGUUGGCUGUAGACCUACCUGCAUCCAAGUGGGACUGGACAGUGAACAUCAAUUCUGUCCAAUGACUCUGGAAACAUGGAGAUGGGGGUUGUGAAAAGCUCUGGACCACAGCAAAUUUAAAAAACUACAAAGGAAGAGCUGCCUUCCUGCCUUGAUUUAGUACUAAUGGACUGGACACGGGACUGCGCUGACAACUUUUUAUAAGUCACUGCGGUUUCAUUGUUGUGAAUGUCCCUUUGUACUGUAUGUGUUUAAACUGCUCUUUACCAAAGCAGACAUAUUGGGUGUCGUUAGCCAAGCUACUGUAUAAAUAUGGCAUGUGAAUGUUCUUUACUCUUCAUGUAAAGAUAAAAGCUUAACAUUUACUCUCUAAAUGAAAUGGUUGGUAAGCAGCACCAAGAACAAAUUGUUGUAUUUUCUUUGCAGUACAUUUUGACUGAUGUUAUUUAUUGGAAAUACUGUAUUGUACUGUAUAUCCAAGCAAAUGCUGCUGUAAUGUAUUGUGGAAUCCUCAGAUGCUAAGCAAAAUUAUUUAUAUUCAAUUAUCCAAAUGUUCUUUCUUUUUAUGUUCAGCUAAAGGAGUUUUUAAAGGGAUAGUUCACCCCAAAAUGAAAAUUCCCUCAUCAUUUACUCACCCUCAUACCAUCCCCGAUGUGUUUGACUUCUUUCUUCUUCUGAACACAAAUGAAGAUAUUUAUAAGAAUAUUUCAGUAAUCCAUGAGACUCCAGUGAUUAAACGCUACAUGAUAAGUGUGUGUGGGAAACAGAUCAAUAUUUAAGUCCUUUUUUACUAUAAAUCUCCACUUUCACAUUCUUCUUUUUUAUCUUCUUUUUUUUUUUGGGGUGAUUUGCAUUUUUCAUGCAUAUCGCCACCUACUGGGCAGGGACUUACAUAUUGAUCUGUUUCUCACCCACACCUAUGAUAUCGCUUCUGAAGACAUGGAUUAAACCACUGGAGAUGUAUGGAUUACUUUUAUGCUGUCUUUGUGUACAUUUUGGACCUUAAAAAUGUUGGUACCCAUUCACUUGCAUUGUAUGGACCUAGAGAGCUGGAAUAUUAUUGUAAAAAUCUUUCUUUGUGUUCAGCAGAAGAAAGUCAAACACAUCUGAGAUGGCAAGAGGGUGAGUAAAUGAUGAGAGAAUUUUCAUUUUUGGUUGAACUGUCCCUUUAAAUCCCCAUUAUUCCAUGUGUGGCUGGCAGAGGUAACUUGAGUAACUUGCUCAUCAUUCAAAUGUGUUUGAAACCAUGAAAGAAAUUAAGAUGUGAACAAAGUAGCUAUGAUUUAUCAUUUUAGCAUAUGAAGUCAUUUUUAAGAGCAGAUCAUUUCAGAGCAUACCAUCAUAUUAUUCUCCAUACCACUUUUGUUGUCUGUAAAUGGUGACUAAGAUCUUAAUUAACAGUUUCAUGUCUGUGCAUCUUGCAAUGAAGAUAAUCCUGUUCUUGUGUUGUCCUCCUCCACUGGGUGGCAGCAUAUCACAGAUUAAGAUGCACGUGGCUGUCACUUUGUAUUUGAAGGAAUAGUUCUCCCCAAAAUGAAAAUUCAGUCAUCAAUUAGUCACCCUCAUGUUGGUCCAGUCCCAUAUGACUUUCUUUUUUUCUGUGCUCCAAAAUGACAAAAAACAAAACAAGAUUAAAUGAUCAUAAAAGUGAUCCAAAGGUUGAUGCACUGUAUUCCAAGUCUUCUGAAGCUAUACAAUAGCUUUGGGUGAGGAACUGAACAAACUUUAAAUGUACUGUAUGCGAUUUUAGCCAUUCUGGACUUCACUGAGUUGUUCCUCUUGUUUAAUGUGUUUACACAUGCAUCUGUUCUUAAAAACAGUUCUUGUUAACUGUGGCCCUCCUGUUCAGGUUACAAUAUUCAGUUUUGAUUAGUUUAAAAUAAGGGUUAGUGAGCUUUCACUAACAGAAACAUACCAUGUUUCAUGGUAUUAAUUUAUUGAUUCAGUAUGACACAAAUGUCAAAAACCAUGGUAUAUUGCCAUCUGAUACCUUCACUUUACCAUGACACUAUCUUUUUGUAAGCUUUAUCCUUACCUUUUUUCUGCUUUAUCAGAGAAGCAUUGUAUCAGAAUUUAGAACCAAGUAAAU